CACUAACUAACUCUCUCAGGUCAGCCACUUCAGUAUAAACCGGCGACCUCUCUCUCUCUCUCUCUCUCUCUCUCUCUCUCUCUCCAGUCACCGCCGCCGUUCUGACCUGACCUGUACGGACACCUCAGGCGGCCUCAUAACCUCUCAGCCUCACCACCGCCCCCUUCUUAUCGACUAGAGAAAAUAUGGCAGAUCCCAAACAAGGGGAAACGAGUUUAAGAUGUCAUCACUGUGCUGGACCUCUGACUAAGGAUAUGGAAACCAGUGAUUGGACUGUUCGGCCAUUUAUUAGGGAUAGCUUUUCUAUGAUUGGCUCUGCUGUUGGUGGCACAACUAGUGCUUUUUAUGGAUUCAACCAUGUAAUGCCAAUUGUUCGGAGAUUUGUAAAGGGACCGAUGUGGUUUCAUUUUCUCGUUGGUGCACCGCCUGUGAUAGUAUUUUCUUCUGCAUGUGCUGGUUUAGCAGGUGGUGCAGUUCCUGCAGUUGCACAACUUGCUUCGUCUUCAUAUCACGCUGCAUUUUCUUCCUCGCCAUUGCAGUUGCCUACCACUUCCAAAGACGAGAAGAUUCAGAAGUCCAGAACUUCAUCCACCCUUUGAUGUACAGAGACGAGAAAAUUUGCCUUACUCGAGCGAGAAGGUGCUCUUACAUCCUUAUGGGUAAAUGACCGUACAAGUAAAUAUGUAUUUUUGUUUUAUACACUCGAAUUAGUGAAUAUUUAACAGAGAAAAUCUUAUUAUCAUUUAAAGUUCUGUAAAUAUAUUCUAUUUUUGCAGUGCA